AUGCCAAUAAUUGUGGCUCCACCCCUUAAGGGGCAUUUAUAUACCUUUCAUAUUCGGUCAACACCUAAUUCACCGGUCGAAGUCUGCUAUAGUGAAAAAAAGCUGAAAAAUGCUAUUUCAUUUGAUAGAUUAAGUGGUGGUACAGGAAGUGGUACCAGUGAUAUCGAUGGUACUAUUUCUGGCAGAACGACAUCACAAAUUGUUACGAAAAAAUCGAAACCUAUAACAUCAACAUCCGUAUCACAUGGGAUAUUAUCAAAAUCACCGGAUAGGACAGGAUCACGCUCCUCUACGUCCGCAUCAUCCAAUGUUAGUCGCUCACCACGUCCGAGAAGUAAAGCAAGUAAUACUUCACUGCAAUCAAUUAGAAGUAUACUACAAGAUAACACAAUAACAACAACAACAACAACUACUACUACUACUACUACUUCAGCCGUAUCAUCGAAGCGUUUGGUCCGGAAAGGUUUAGAUGUUUCACCGGCAAUGCUGGAAUUUUUUGGAAUGAAACCAAUUACGGGUCCAAAUUCAUGUUUUCAAUUCAUCGAAGAACGUGAAUUACCACAAUCCAAAAGAAACAAAACUGAAGGUAAUAAUCUUCCAGCCACUACGAUUGGUGACGGUAAUGCUGAUCGAUCGGAUGAAAUGAUUAAAAAUCGAUAUGUAAAAGGGAAUGUGAAAUAUCUAGGAGAGCCAGGGCCUGAGCAUUUGCCUGGAGUGGGAAAUGCAACAAGGGAUACGACGAGUGAUGACUGGUUUACGGAAAAUGAGGUUCAGAUAAUGAUGAGUGAAAAAGAGAAUGAGAAAGAGAUGGAGUUAGGGCAAAUGAAGAGUAGUAAAUCAAGAGAAGAAAUGAAACGAUUAGCCAAGAAUGGCUUAGGCUAUGACUAUCAACAAACCCAUGAGCCUGGUCCGGAAUAUUUCAAUAAUGCAGUUGAUGGUGAGGAUAGAGGAAGUAAGAUAGAUGAGGAAGUACUGGAGAGCAAUGGCUUACCAAUAUCGACAAUAGGAGCUUCACUGGUAAGUCAUGUUGCGCCAGCAUGUAAUAUAGCAAAAGAAGGCGGGGGCAUCGGAGGAGGCACAUCGAUGGUGACAACGAAUGCGACAGCGGAUGCGAUGAAGUCAUCAGUUGGAGGAGUAGCAGUAGCAGCAACAACAACAGAAAGAACGGCAACAACAAUACCGGUGACAGGAAUAUCAAUGGAUUCCGGAAGCGGUGGCACAUUUGGGGCUCUACUUAUCAAGAGCGUGCAAAUUAUUAACGAUGAUUCAAUCUUUAUGGCAGAUGUACUCAUCCAAGAUGGCAUCAUCCGGGAGCUGUCGGGCAAGAUCGAAGAACCGAAAGAUGUACAGAUUAUCGAUGGAACCGAUAAAGCAUUGAUGCCUGCGGGUAUUGAAAUUUAUACGGAAUUUUCAUCGCAAGAUUCUGUAGAUGACUUCGAAACCGGUUCAAAAGCUGCAUUAGCUGGUGGCACUGCUACGAUAAUUGAUGUUAUCCAACCAAGACCAUAUGAAACAUUGAUAAACGCAUAUGAUCGUUUGUGCAAAGUUGCGCAAUCAAAAUCAUCAUGUAACGUUGCAUUCAGUGUGGUAAUUUCGGAAUGGAAUGAUAUGAUAAGAAAAGAAAUGAAUACAUUGGUACAUGACAAAGGCAUUAACAGUUUUAUUAUUAAUGUUCAAAAAGAUGAACAACUUUUUGAGAUUUUCGAGUACUGUCGAAGUCUUCGGAUUCAUGCUCGUAUAAUUCCGGAAAAUAAGGAUAUCAUUGCUUUGUUGGAAAAACGAGUACGCGCAUCUGGUGUUAGUGGGACGGAAUGCUUCUAUCUUUCAAGACCGGAAGCGUUGGAAGCUGAUAUGGUGAAUCGUAUUUCUGUACUUUCCAAAUUAACGGACUGUCCGGUUGCUCUGAUGUCACUAUCUUCUCCAGGAGCUGCUGAAGUUUUACUGCGACAGCGUAAUAACAUGGUUAUACCAGAGAUUCCAGUAACAGCAUUGGAUGAUGGAAAAAACAAUUCAGCGUUGCACACUUCGUGGAGAUGGGUUGCAUCACCUUCUGCGUUGAUAUCUUGUCUUUCUAGUAUACCAUUAUGUAUCUGUACAUCCGGUCAUCGCGAAAUGCGGAGAAAGGAUUCGACCGUGGAAAAUUCCGCUCAAAAUACUUUGUCUGCAAUGGAAGAGAAAAUGUCAAUGUUGUGGGCCAAGGGUGUGUUGUCCGGAUUGAUCGAUCCAAUGCGUUUCGUUGCUGUUACCAGUAGUAAUGCUGCCAAAGUGUUCAAUCUUUAUCCUAAAAAGGGAAAAAUUGCUGUUGGAGCAGAUGCGGAUUUGGUUUUGUGGAAUUUAUCCGUGAAGCAUGAAACGUCCACUCCAAGUCAACAUCCAUCGCUAUUCAAAAUGUCGACUGCCCACUGGAAACCUGUAAUGACCAUUUGCGGUGGACGAAUUGCUUACAAUAAUGGAAAGUUUGACUUGGGACGAGGUAAAUUGAUGGAGCUUGGAUCACAAUCUCCCUAUUUAUACUGUAUGCUGAAACAGAUGGAAGGGGUGCAACUUAAUGGUGGCAUAAAUAAAGGUAUAAUACCGUUCAACAAUCAUUCACAUCUCAAAGAGAAUUUGAGUGAUAGUAGCCGUGCAUUUCCUGUGAAAAACGUACAGAAGCAACAUUUUGAUUCAGUUUAUUCCGCAACAUUGGAGGAGACACAUGGUAUGCGUGCAUCCACAAAAGUCUUGAAUCCACCAGGUGGACGUUCUACAGGAUUCUGGUGAUGCGUUUAAUCCAGAAGAAUGCGAAAACUUCGAAAUAUACCGC